GCGGGGGGCGGGGAGCGGCUGCGGCCAGACCCACCGGCAGCCGGGCGGGCGCUUCCUGAGGCAGUGUCCGCCGCCGCAGCCUCAGCGGGAGCGGGCUGCCUCUGAAGAAAGGAGAAUGGCGUUCAGCAAAGGAUUUCGGAUCUAUCACAAAUUGGACCCACCACCUUUCAGCCUCAUAGUGGAAACUAGGCAUAAGGAAGAAUGUCUCAUGUUCGAGUCUGGGGCUGUAGCCGUGCUCUCAUCUGCAGAAAAGGAGGCAAUCAAGGGUACAUACUCCAAAGUACUAGAUGCAUAUGGACUCUUAGGUGUUUUACGAUUAAAUCUUGGAGAUACUAUGUUACAUUAUCUGGUCCUAGUCACAGGAUGUAUGUCUGUUGGAAAAAUUCAAGAAUCUGAAGUGUUCCGAGUUACUUCCACUGAGUUUAUAUCACUACGAAUUGAUUCUUCAGAUGAAGAUCGCAUUUCAGAAGUGCGAAAAGUUUUGAAUUCAGGAAACUUUUAUUUUGCAUGGUCUGCCUCUGGCAUCAGUUUAGAUCUGAGUCUUAAUGCACAUCGUAGCAUGCAAGAACAGACAACUGAUAAUAGAUUUUUCUGGAAUCAGUCUUUGCAUUUGCAUCUCAAGCACUACGGUGUGAAUUGUGACGACUGGUUAUUACGCCUCAUGUGUGGAGGAGUAGAAAUCAGAACAAUUUAUGCUGCUCAUAAACAGGCAAAGGCUUGCCUCAUUUCAAGAUUAAGCUGUGAACGAGCUGGGACCAGGUUUAAUGUUCGGGGAACAAAUGAUGAUGGUCAUGUCGCCAAUUUUGUAGAAACAGAACAGGUUGUGUACUUAGAUGACUCUGUUUCUUCCUUCAUACAAAUCCGAGGAUCUGUUCCACUGUUCUGGGAGCAACCAGGGUUGCAAGUGGGAUCCCAUCGUGUCCGUAUGUCAAGGGGAUUUGAAGCUAAUGCACCUGCUUUUGACAGGCAUUUUAGAACACUUAAGAAUUUAUAUGGUAAACAAAUAAUAGUAAAUUUGCUUGGAUCUAAGGAAGGUGAACAUAUGCUCAGUAAGGCUUUCCAGAAUCAUUUGAAAGCUUCUGAACAUGCCGCUGAUAUCCAGAUGGUGAAUUUUGACUAUCAUCAAAUGGUUAAAGGAGGAAAGGCAGAAAAAUUACAUAGUGUUCUUAAACCUCAAGUCCAGAAGUUUCUAGAUUAUGGAUUUUUUUAUUUCAAUGGAAGUGAAGUUCAAAGAUGCCAGAGUGGUACUGUUCGAACAAACUGCUUGGAUUGUCUUGAUAGAACAAAUAGUGUGCAAGCAUUUCUUGGCUUAGAGAUGCUAGCUAAACAGUUGGAAGCUCUUGGGUUAGCUGAAAAACCUCAGUUGGUGACUCGCUUUCAAGAAGUUUUUCGGUCAAUGUGGUCUGUGAAUGGUGAUUCAAUCAGUAAGAUAUAUGCCGGGACUGGAGCUCUUGAAGGGAAGGCUAAGGCUGGAAAGUUAAAAGAUGGUGCUCGUUCUGUUACCAGAACAAUUCAGAAUAACUUCUUUGACAGCUCCAAGCAAGAGGCCAUUGACGUUUUGCUACUGGGAAAUACUCUAAAUAGUGAUUUAGCUGACAAAGCUCGAGCUCUUUUAACUACUGGAAGCUUGCGUGCAUCUUCUAAAGUACUAAAGAGCAUGUGUGAGAAUUUCUACAAGUAUUCAAAGCCCAAGAAAAUUCGCGUAUGUGUCGGGACCUGGAAUGUGAAUGGUGGGAAGCAGUUUCGCAGCAUAGCUUUUAAGAAUCAGACACUCACUGACUGGCUUCUUGAUGCACCCAAGUUAGCUGGCAUCCAGGAGUUUCAAGAUAAAAGAAGUAAGCCAACUGAUAUAUUUGCAAUUGGUUUUGAAGAAAUGGUAGAGUUGAAUGCUGGAAACAUCGUGAAUGCAAGCACAACAAAUCAGAAGCUCUGGGCUGUGGAACUUCUGAAGACAAUCUCCAGAGACAACAAGUAUGUGCUGCUGGCUUCUGAACAGUUGGUGGGCGUCUGUCUGUUUGUUUUUAUCAGACCACAGCAUGCUCCUUUUAUCAGGGAUGUUGCAGUGGAUACUGUGAAGACUGGAAUGGGAGGUGCAACUGGAAAUAAGGGAGCUGUUGCAAUCCGAAUGCUGUUCCAUACAACCAGCCUUUGCUUCGUCUGCAGCCACUUUGCUGCAGGGCAGUCACAAGUCAAAGAAAGAAAUGAAGAUUUUGUAGAAAUAGCACGAAAAUUGAGUUUUCCUAUGGGAAGGAUGCUGUUUUCCCAUGACUAUGUAUUUUGGUGUGGCGAUUUCAACUAUCGAAUCGAUCUCCCUAAUGAAGAAGUUAAAGAACUCAUAAGACAGCAGAAUUGGGAUUCUCUUAUAGCAGGAGAUCAGCUUAUCAAUCAGAAAAAUGCUGGACAGAUUUUUAGAGGAUUUUUAGAGGGAAAAGUAACCUUUGCUCCGACAUAUAAAUAUGAUUUAUUUUCUGACGACUAUGACACCAGUGAAAAGUGCCGUACCCCUGCAUGGACAGACCGAGUCCUCUGGAGAAGAAGGAAAUGGCCUUUUGAUAGAUCAGCUGAAGAUCUGGAUCUUCUAAAUGCUAGUUUUCAAGAUGAAAGCAAAAUCCUUUACACAUGGACUCCUGGCACCUUGCUGCACUAUGGAAGAGCUGAGCUGAAGACUUCUGACCAUAGGCCUGUCGUUGCCCUAAUUGAUAUAGAUAUAUUUGAAGUUGAAGCUGAAGAGAGGCAAAACAUUUAUAAAGAAGUAAUUGCAGUUCAGGGUCCACCAGAUGGCACAGUAUUGGUCUCAAUCAAAAGUUCUUUACCAGAAAACAAUUUUUUUGAUGAUGCCUUGAUUGAUGAGCUCCUGCAACAGUUUGCAAAUUUUGGUGAAGUUAUACUCAUAAGAUUUGUAGAAGAUAAAAUGUGGGUCACAUUUUUGGAGGGAAGCUCUGCCUUGAAUGUUCUGAGCCUAAAUGGUAAAGAGUUAUUGAAUCGGACUAUAACUAUUGCUUUAAAAAGUCCAGACUGGAUCAAAAAUUUGGAAGAAGAAAUGAGUUUAGAGAAAAUUAGCAUUGCAUUACCAUCCUCAACGAGCUCUACCCUACUUGGUGAAGAUGCGGAGGUCACAGCGGAUUUUGAUAUGGAAGGUGAUGUUGAUGACUAUAGUGCAGAAGUGGAGGAACUUCUUCCUCAGCAUCUCCAGCCAUCUUCAAGUUCUGGCCUUGGCACUUCCCCGAGCUCUUCACCCCGGACCAGUCCCUGCCAGUCACCUACAAUGUCAGAGGUUCCUGUACCUUCCCUUCCUGUCAGACCAAGCCGAGCACCAUCAAGAACUCCUGGGCCUCCCAGUGCACAGAGUUCUCCUGUUGACACUCAGCCAGCAGCCCCACUGCAGCAGAAAGAUCCUGCCCAGCCCCUGGAGCCCAAGCGACCCCCACCUCCCCGUCCGGUUGCUCCUCCCACGCGUCCUGCUCCCCCGCAGAGGCCUCCGCCACCUUCAGCACCCAAAAGCCCUGGAACAACACGGAAAGAUAAUAUAGGACGCAAUCAGCCUUCACCUCAGGCAGGACUUGCAGGCCCAGGUCCUGCUGGAUACACUGCGGCCAGACCAACAAUUCCGCCCCGUGCUGGAGUUAUCAGUGCCCCUCAGAGCCAUGCGCGAGCGGCUGCUGGAAGACUGACUCCUGAAAGCCAAAGCAAGCCCUCAGAAGCAGCCAAAGGCUCAGCUUUCCUUCCUGAACCACUGAAGCCUCAGGCUGCUUUUCCUCCGCAGUCUUCUCUGCCCGCACCUGCUCAAAGGUUGCAGGAGCCUCUUGUCCCGGUGGCAGCACCUGUGCCUCAGUCUGGCCCGCAGCCAAAUUUGGAAGCCCCACCCCAGCCGCCACCUCGGAGCAGGUCAUCCCAUAGCUUGCCUUCAGAAGCUCCAUCACAGCCGCAAGUAAAAACAAAUGGAGUCUCCGGUGUCAAAGGAGAAUCAACAUUAAAGGGUGAUCCAUUUGAAGAUCUAUCACUUAAUCUGCUUGCUGUAUCAAAGGCUCAGCUAUCUGUUCAAAUGUCACCUGUUCUAACCCCAAACCCAAAGAGGUUGAUUCAGUUGCCUUCUGCAACACAAAGUAAUGUUAAUACUUUGAGUUCUGUAAGUUGCAUGCCAACAAUGCCUCCAAUUCCAGCUCGGAGUAAAUCCCAGGAAAAUAUGCGAAGUUCUUCAAACCCAUUUAUUACUAGCUUGACCAGCACAGAUCCUUUCAGUGACAGGACUGCUACUCCUGGAAACCCAUUUAGAACUGAAUCUCAAGAAUUAGAGUCAACUUCGUGGUUCUCCAAAGAAGAGCCUGUUACUAACAGUCCUUUCCCUUCUCUGAAGCCUUUUGGUCAUAAUAAAAGCAACCCUUCAUCGUCACUUGAUGACUUUAAGGACAGUUUUGAUCUGCACAGCCAGUCUACAGUAAAAAUUAGCAACCCAAAAGGAUGGGUAACGUUUGAGGAAGAAGAGGACUUUGGUGUGAAAGGGAAAUCAAAGUCAGCUUGUCCAGACUUACUGGGUAAUCAGCCACGUUCAUUUUCUGGCUCCAGCGUGAGGUUGGAUGAUGACUGGAAUAAAGAUACAAAUGUUUCUUUCUGUGUGUUGCCAUCAAGAAGACCACCUCCACCUCCUGUCCCUGUGCUCCCACCUGGCACCAGCCCUCCAGUAGAUCCUUUUACAACCUUGGCAUCUAAGGCAUCACCCACGCUAGACUUUACAGAAAGAUAAUGUUAUAUGAUAGAAAACAGCUGGGUUUUUUGUUUUUUAGUUUUGGCAGGGUAGAGCCAAAAGAAUUGGGCAUUAGUUAUUCAUUAUGUGCAAUAAUAAGUAAUUGUUAAGUGCACUGACAUCUUCAUGAAAUACCACUGUUUGAUGUAUACAGAGUUGGAAUAUGUGUAUAUCAGAAAUAAGGAAAAGUCCUUGUUAUUAACUGGAGUUUUGGUGUGUUUCUCUUCGGAUGAAUAGGAGACAGUAGUAGCCAUAAAAAGUGUUUAAAACUACUUGAGCAAAUAGUCCUUAUUCAGAAAUUUUUUGUCAGUCUUCUCUGAAGCAUCUCAAAAAGCCCAUGCAACUUUUAGCUGACAUUACUGACAGCCCUUUCGUACUUGUUAACAAUUGGUAUUUAUGAGUAUUUACCAAAGAGCUGCCAAAGUUACAGUGAAACAGUUUUGAAAGGCAUUGCUUUAUUCAAAAGUAUGUGUGUAUGUAUGCAUAUACAUAUAUACACAUUUACAGGUUUAUACAACUCAUAAUUUAAAUUCUAGGAUAUCAGUCAGACCAAAUUUUACCUAAAAGUUCUAACAAAGUCCUCUUUUCAAUAUCUUCUUAGCAAAAGAUGGCUGCAAAUGUAAUUUGAACAUUUCAUUAAUUUUAUUUCCAAAACAAAAAUAAUUUCACUACAUAACUGGCAUUUUCUACCAUUGCACACCCUUCAGAUACACACAAUCUUGUUACUUUCCAACUCUGGCACCUCCAUAUGCUUUUCUCUGGGAGGAGGUUCUUGCAGCUGGAAGCAGCAUAUUUUGUGGUCAUUAUCAUAUGGAUGGAUAUUCUAGCCCUCUCAAAAACACACUAAAGCCUUAUGUGCAAGGAAGGCACAGACCACCAAGUUCAGUGAGAAAUAUUAGAGCUAAUUGUACUCUUUUCUCUGCAUAUGUUAAGGUAUAUGGUGACCAUUUUGCUCCCACACUUUUCUUUUUGCUGCUUUUGCUCUGCAACCUUGCUUUUAAAGCAGGGAAAGCAGCCAUCUUCAGAGUGCUCUGAAUUGAGGAUAUACCCAGUGUGUUCUCUCCCCUCUUAGGAGGCUACAUAAACACAUCUAUGAUGCUGCUUUAAGUUUUUAGAGGCUAUACCUCAAAUUAGCUGUGGAUUUUGUCUCCUGCACUGCCAAUAUGCAACUGAUCCUGCUUCUAUUGAUUUUAUGAAGAAGUACAAAGAAUUUUUACAGAAUGUAGUAUUUUGAUAUCAUUAGGUAAACCAAUCAGAAAACAACUUGAGCAAUAGUUGUUUUGUCAGUUUAAGUUAAAAACAUCUUUGCCCAUUAAGACUUAUAUUAAUGUUCCUUUUAUAUAAAGAGUUGUAUAUGUCCACCUAAAUUCCUAUGUCCACCUAAAUUCCUAUGUUCACAUUUAACCUUUAAAGAUGUGCACUGAGGGAAUAUCAAAAAAUAGAGUUCAUGGCUAAAAGUAUGUAAAAUGUAAAAGCACAGCACACCGCAUUGCACUAACAUAAAGCAAAUCUAUUAGGAAAACACUUUUCUAAAAGCUCAAAUGUUAUCAAAAUACUAUAUUUAUAGAAGUAAUCCUGUUAACAGCCAGGAUUUGCUGUUAGAAAUAACUCUUGUGAGUUUUAUAUUGUGCUUUUUGGAGGUUCUAAUCAUUUCAGCAGUAGCAUCUUUUAAACAGCAGUAUUACUAUAAGCAGUAUGCUUCAAAAUGUGAAUUAACUUGUUGAAAUUGUGGCUUUAACAUCUAUGUGACUAGUGUAUACAGUAUUUGCUCUCCAUUAGCAAAAUAAUUCAUUGUUAGGUAAACAUCACUAGUGCAAAUUGCAGUUCUGUGAGCAAUGUUACCUAUUGAAUAUAAACUACUGUCUAAAGUAUACAUAUCAUCAGCAGCUCAGCCUUUAUCAGGAAAAUUAUACUUGGUAAGUUGCUGAAAAUGCACAGAGUUAUGAAAGUUAAAGGUAUGCUGCAAAUAACUAGCCAUUAUUCUGUGUAUUAUUAAAUAUUUAGCAGUUCUGUUAAAAGCAGAGCAGAAGUUAGACACUAAGGAUCUCUUUGUGAAUUCUUUGUUCUCUAUAGUAGAUUGCUGUUUAUAUGUAAGAAUUUUAUUGCUUAUGUGGCAUACAAUAUUUAUAACUAUAUACUUUAUAGAAGUACAGUAUUAAAGUCAGUGAUAUACAGACAUGUACAUAUCCUGUGAAAUGUGCUGUUGUGUGAAAUAAAUAUACCUGUCUUUAC